CCGGAGGGGCGGAAGUGCCGGGCGGGAGGACCCGCGGGGGCCGGAAGCGGCGGCGGCGGCGGCGGCGGGAGCGGCCCGGGAGAGUUGUGAGGACUGAAGCCCCCACAUCCCUGAGCUCAGACAAGCCCCUGCCCUGCCUGGUUUCCAGCGGGAUGCCCAAGGUGAAGCGGAGCCGGAAGCCUCCCCCGGAUGGCUGGGAGCUGAUCGAGCCGACGCUGGACGAGCUGGAUCAGAAGAUGAGAGAAGCGGAGACGGAGCCACACGAAGGGAAGAGGAAGGUGGAAUCCCUCUGGCCCAUCUUCAGGAUUCAUCACCAGAAAACACGUUACAUCUUUGAUCUCUUCUAUAAAAGAAAAGCCAUCAGCAGAGAGCUCUAUGAGUACUGCAUCAAGGAAGGAUAUGCUGACAAGAACCUGAUUGCCAAGUGGAAGAAGCAGGGCUACGAGAACCUCUGCUGCCUGCGCUGCAUCCAGACACGGGACACCAACUUUGGCACCAACUGCAUCUGCAGGGUCCCCAAGAGCAAGCUGGAAGUGGGGAGGAUCAUUGAGUGCACACACUGUGGAUGCCGAGGCUGCUCGGGCUGAAGCUGCUGGGCCCCCCCGCUUUGUGAAUCCUGAGGGAUCUCCUGCCCAACGGACUCUUCCUGCCCUUCCAGCCACCCCCUCUGGGAUCAGGUCUUUCUGUGCUGCAAUUAAACCAGCAGUGUAUUCAUUGGGAUUGUGUGUACAGUGGAGGGGGGGUUGGAGUAGCUUUUGUGUAGCCAUUUAUUUUAAAAUAAACUCUGCCCUCCUGAGGGAGUGGUGCUAUCCUCUGGGAAAA